AUGAUCCCACCUGUGCAAGCAGCCUCUAUUCUAUCCAGGCACAUCGUCUUCAUCCAUGGCCUAAGAGCCGAAGCAGAUGAGAUAGAGAGCGAUGUCCUUUGGCCAGAAAAGCUUCUUGCCAAGCAAGUCCCCAAAGCUCGUAUCCUAAGCUUUGAAUAUGACGACGCUGUGAUCGAUUCAUUCUGGAGUAAAGAUGAUCUGAUAGAUGGCAUCUCGGAUGAUCUGAUCGCUGAGCUCAUGAGAGAGCGGCGUGGCGACAGGGUCUGGACUCUUCGUCAUGAUCUUGACUUUGCAAAGAUUGACUCAUCACAAGCAGGCCGACCGCUAAUUUUUGCAGCGCACUGUUUAGGUGGCCUGGUUUGUGAAAAUGGUCUCAUACUUUUCGCAACACCUCACUACCAGCCAAAAACAUUGAGUGAAGCGACAAAGUAUUUCCUUCUCGCUGAACAGGAUUUCCCGAGCGACUAUAACCUAGAACUCUUGUCCAAACGGAUUCUGACAAUUCCGUCCCAUUUUGCUCAGUUACGACAACAUUAUCCGGUGAAGAUAGAGUGUUUCUACGAAGGCGCAUCUACGCAGCUGAAGAACCAGAGUAUGAAGAUCGUGGACAUGUCUCUGGCCCAAUUCCCGGGCGGUUCGCCUGCUACCCGUCUUACUGGUAAUCACCACCAAAUUUACCGAUUUGAAGAUGAGAAAGACAAAGACUUUAAACGGGUUUCUCGAGUCUUUCAAGAAUGGGUCGACGCUUUGCCUGAUGCCGAGGGGAAAGGUACUACCAGCAAUAUAUCUCACACGUCUUUCACUGGAACGAAUCAUGGUUAUCAGCUUGGACAGAACAACGGAAACCAGACAGGUUUUGUAUUUGGUGGUAAGUGA